AUGGCUGCGAUUAUUGGAUCAGGCUUGCGUGGUUUGCGUGGCUUACGCCAAACUGUAGGUCGUCAGGUCGCCCUUGGUACAUGGCUUCACGGUCAAAUGCUGUCCACCUCACCCAUCUUUGGUCAGGCUACAGGAUCACCGAAGAUUUACGAGAUGCGCACAUACUAUGUCAAACCAAAAGCUUUUGACAGCUAUACACAAAAGAUGGAGGCACAAAAAUCUCUUUUGCAAGAUGAAACCUGGGUCAAUAACUACAGAAAGAAAAUUCUUAAGAUGUUGGUUAAGCAGGAUAACCUGGUGAUGAAUCCUUGUCCCUGGUUUGAUGUGAAGCCACCACUUUCAAUAGGGGGUGUUUACGAACUGUGCAUGUAUGAUUUAAUCCUCGGAAAAAAAGAGCAGUGGGAACACAGGUUUAUUCAAGGAUUUUUUGAGAGAUGCAAGCUCUCUGAACCAGUUGGUGUCUGGUUUACUGAAUUUGGUCCCAUAAACAGAG